UCAAGAAACGCAAGUCAUACGUGAGGCGCCCAAACAUUUCCACUUCCAUCUUCUGCCACACUUUCCGGCUGGAGAUUUCGCCGGUAAUCUGGACCUGGAACGACGAUGUUGAGGGAGGAAAUUGUCGGUUCGAGGAGCGCGAGGCAUAGAGCCACCGUGUCUGCGGCAUCGAAUAAAGUUCUGGUGGCCGUGAAGGCGGAGAGGGCGAUCUCCAAGACAGCAUUGACCUGGGCACUCACUCAUGUCGUUCGCUCCAGUGACUGCAUCACGCUGCUCCCUGUGUACUGUGGCGAGAAAUCUGGCAGAAGAUUCUGGCCCUUUUCGAGAUUGGCAGGAGAUUGCACGAAUGGACGCCGGGAAAAGUUGCCGGAUCGGAUUCAUGAAAUCUCUGAGUCUUGUGCGCAGAUGGUGCUUCAGUUGCACAAUCAGACUGAGGUGAGGGUGAAGGUCAAGGUGGUGGGGGGUACGCCUAGUGGUGCGGUGGCAACUGAAGCAAGAUGUAGCGGGUCUAAUUGGGUCAUACUGGACAAGAAGUUGAAACAAGAGGUGAAGCACUGCAUGGAUGAACUCCAAUGUAAUAUCGUGUUGAUGAGUGGUUCACAGCCAAAGGUUUUGAGGCUUAAUUUAGGGUCCUCUGAUGAAUUCCAAAGCCCCACCUUUUCUGCAGCCUCUUCCCCAGAAAGAGAUAUUGAAAGGUUACGACGUCACCGAUUGAAGCCCUCCACCCCCGUCAGUAGCCCUGAAGAAGUAGCUACUUCUGAUACAACAUCCACCUUAGCAAAUUCAGUGUCAUCUUCUGACAAACUGACUUCUUUUUUCCUGAUAUAUGAACAAAAUCCUCUGUUCGAGGGUCAGGGUCCACAGAGAAAGAAACAGAUACCAAUCAGUGAACCAAAAAAUUUCGACGACCAGGCACCAUUAGCCUUUGAAUCGGACAGGGAAAGGACUCUCCCUUUGACCAAAUCCGCGGUAUCAUCUGUGGCUAGUGAUGAGAAACGUGUGGUUUGGAGUCCUCAAAAUCACCUUGCCGAUAAGAAGCUUCAAAUAACAGAAAGCACUAGAAUUAGUCUAAGAUCUAAAUCUAGUGCUUCUAAAACUUUACUUGAAAGAUUUGUACAUUGUGAUCAGGAGAUCUGGAGUGAUGAAGUAGGACAUAAACAAGCUCAAAGUGAAAAUUAUAUCGCCAAAUCUGGCAUCAAGGAUAACAUUCCUGCUGUUAGAACUUCCUCAGUACCUCCUCCCCUAUGCUCACACUGUCAAAACAAAGCACCAGUUUUUGGAAAACCUCCUAGACGCUUUCAUUACAGAGAAAUAGAGGAAGCCACUGGUAUGUUUUCAGAUAUCAAUUUUUUGGCCGAAGGUGGAUUUGGGAUAGUUCACAAGGGAGUGCUACGAGAUGGCCAGGCCGUUGCGGUGAAACAGUUAAAGUUUAGUGGCUCUCAAGCAGAUCUUGAUUUCUGUAGGGAGGUCAGAGUAUUGAGCUGCGCACAACACAGAAAUGUUGUGCUGUUGAUAGGAUUCUGCGUAGAAGGCGAUUUGAGGAUACUAGUCUAUGAGUACAUAUGCAAUGGAUCCUUAGAACUCUAUCUGCAUGGAAAGAACAGAGGAGCUCUAGACUGGAGCUCGCGCCUAAAGAUAGCAAUAGGAGCUGCCCGAGGCCUACGCUAUCUUCAUGAGGAUUGUAGAGUGGGCUGUAUUGUGCACAGAGACUUUCGACCGAGGAAUAUCCUCUUAACCCAUGAUUUUGAGCCUGUGGUGGCGGAUUUUGGCCUUGCAAGAUGGCAGUCGGAAUGGAAUAUGAAUGCUGGUGAUCGAGGGAUUGGAACUUCAGGGUAUCUUGCGCCGGAGUAUCUUGACGCUGGAAAUCUUACAUAUAAAGUAGAUGUGUAUGCAUUUGGAACUGUCCUGUUAGAGUUGAUAACAGGUCGAAGAAUUAGUGAGAUGGCACAUAAUAACGGACCCUCGUUUCUUUCCGAAUUCUUUCACUCCUUGCUCAUGUUAGAACCCAAUCAUAUUUUAGAAAACCUCCAAGUUCUGAAUCCAUGCUUGGAGUUUGAGGGGUCACAGGAAUUUAAUCUUCAGUUACAAGCAAUGGCCCGAGCUGCUUCCUUGUGUCUACGUUUAGAUCCUGAUGCCAGACCCCCAAUGUCGAAGAUCCUCAGAAUGCUGGAAGGGGGCGAUCCAGUUCGUCCUAUUGGUUUAGACCUGAACUCAGUUGGUAACAGAAGUGGCCAUUUAAGUGGACUGACGUCCCACAAUCAACAUAGAGGUACAAGAAGCCACUCUCGUAGGCUCUCACAUUGAUCAAGACCCAGAAGCACGCACAUUAAUUUAAUGGUAGAAAAAGGGAAUUUUACUCAUUUAUUUUAUUACCUCUGCGGAGGCGAUUUGGGCUCUAGAAAACACUGUUUGUAUGGGUCCGCACAUCCCUGUAGGUCCAAGCUCAUCACAAGUUGCAACACAAUACCAAAUCCUUGUCACAUUGUAUAAACCACUAUAUUUUCCUAUACGCGCUAAGUGUGUGUUUGGGCCAAAAAGAAAAGAAGAACACACGCACACACCCUAAAUCUGGCUGCUGUUUGCACAGUGUAGUGUGAAAAUUGUUAUACAAUACAACAAGGCGCAUUUCGCAUGUGCAUUUGUAGGGGAAAAGAAAGAAAUAAGUUAAGUCUUCUUGGACGUGAUAUUUGAUCUUCUUUUCCCGGAUAUAUAUAGUUCCAUAUAAAUGUAUCAAUGGCUGUGAACGAUGCACUCGUAUGUUACUACA